UCUUUCGCGCCUUUUCACUCUUGACACCAAGGAAGCGUUGAACCAUUUCGGCUGUCAUUACAUUUGUGGGUUGCGUUUGAUCAGUUGUGUUCGCUUGUAUUAACACCAAAAGCUAAAACCAAAUUAUUUUCAAAAUGUCGAAUAUGAAACGUGCUAGGAAGACAGGAAAUAUUUAUCAUCGGGCGAAUAAAUAUUCGAUAUUGAGUCCAUCACGCCAAGACCAGCAGGAGGCAAGCUCAAGUCGACACAACGUAGAGGAAUUUAGUGCCGCAUAUGAAUGGCAAAAUGAAUAUGAUGAUGCAAUGGAGGAUGGCCAUCAGGAUACCGUGCAGCACGAUGAAGGGGAUUCUGUGCAGGAUGGCGAUGCAAACUUCACGGAUGAUAGCGAUGUCGAAGCUGGUAGUGCGUUAAAUAUUGAUAAUAUGUCUAUAGAGGAUGGGAUACGAUAUUGGGCACUAUCGAAUAAUCAAACCCAUCAGUCGAUAAAUAUGGUGCUGCGUCUGUUCAAAAAAACAGGCGUGAAAGUACCGGCAUCUGCUAAAACGCUGCUUAAAACUAAACGAAAUCCAUCAUCGGAGAUAAAGGAUAUCGAUGGUGGACAAUUUUGGUAUCGAGGAUUCAGAAGUUGCCUAUUAAAUUACUUCCGAUCAGUAAAGGUACCUCCGAAAUAUAUUACUUUAACAUUGUCGAUUGAUGGAUUGCCUCUACAUAAUAGCAGUAAUAUGCAAUUUUGGCCGAUAUUGUUCAAAAUCGAAGAACUCCCACAAGCUCCAGUUAUGGCAGCUGCAAUUUUUUGUGGAUUUCAGAAACCAAACAAUAUAGAAGAAUUUCUUCGACCAGCCGUUGAUGAGCUAAACCUCCUAAUGGCGAAUGGUAUCAUCAUUCACGGAAAGAAAGUUGUUGUGAAAAUGCGUGCUAUUGUUGCAGAUACUCCUGCCAGAGCUUUUAUUAAAGGUGUAAAAGGGCAUACCGGCUAUAACGCCUGUUUAAAAUGCACCGUUGAAGGGAAUCAUAGCGAGGCUGGACACACCAUCGUUUAUGCAAAUGAUUCAAAUGCAAGAAAACGAACAAAUGAAAAAUUCCGUAAAUAUGAAUAUCCAGGACAUCAAAUAACAACAACACCCCUAUGUCAAUUGAAUAACUUUGACAUAGUGCAGCAUGUAACCAUUUCAGAUCUGUUGCACUUGUUUCAUCUAGGGAUAAUGAAGAGAUUAAUUAUAGGAUGGCGUGAUGGAAAGCUAGGUAAGAGAGCAUGGUCCCAAGAGCAAUGCCAAAAGAUAUCCGCUGCUUUAUUAAAGAUUAAUCUUCCUUCGGAAAUGCAUCGCAAAUUACGUUCCAUAAAAUAUGCGAAUUUUUGGAAAGGAGUAGAGUUUGGAUAUUUUUUAAACUACGCGGGACUUGUUGUGUUGAAGCCACAUUUGCCAAAUGAGUUGUUUAACCAUUUUAUGUUGCUAUUUUGUGCUGUAACAUUGCUUUCGUCAAAUGUCUACAAGACGAAGUGGAAGGUGGCUGGGCAACUGCUAGACAAAUUUGUAAAAGAUUUUGAAACUUUGUAUGGUGAACGUUAUAUUAGCAGCAAUGUUCACAACCUACGUCAUGUUCUUGAAGAAGUAGAGCAUUUUUAAUCGUUGUGGUCUAUAUCCACGUAUGUAUUCGAAAAUUAUUUACAGUUUUUGAAGCGCUUGCUGCGAAGCGGGUGGAAAAAUUUAGAGCAGGCCAUAAAUCGACUGUACGAAAUGGAUGAAAUGAACAUGCAGCAUGCAUCAAAUCAAUCCAAUAGCAAUUAUCCAACUGUAAAGCAGCGCGGUAAUGUUUCAACACUUAACAUUAAUUCUAAUUUUCUACUACAGAAUAACACCCGAAAUGGCUGGUUCUUGACAAAGAACGAUCACAUAGUGAAGUUCCAAAGUGCCACAAAAGAAUAUUUAAAUGGUAGCGAGAGAAUUCGUAUUACUGGUAAAAAGAUAAAUGUGAAAGGCUUAGUUUUCAACGAACCAUUUGAGUCAAGCAAAAUUUUUGUUUUCAAAGGAUGCGUUAAUACGUUAUCUGAAACAUGUGAAGACUUCGGGUUAAAUGAUAUUAAAUGCAAAUUUGUAGCAUUGCCCACAUCGCGAAAAGAGGAAUUAAUUUUUGUUCCUGUAAUACAUACGCUUGUUGAAUAAAAUAAAAACAUAACAAAUAAAGUGAAA